GCUCCGCAUUUUGGGUACAUUUCCACAAACAAGCCUUCUGCUGCCGCGUACAUCUCAAGCUUUCCAUUCUCUCUACGGUGCGUACUGAGUCAAUCUGCGAUGGCUGAUGCUCAUGAAACUGAUAAGAAUAUUGAGAUAUGGAAGAUUAAGAAACUCAUAAAAGCACUUGAGGCAGCUCGAGGUAAUGGAACGAGCAUGAUUUCUCUUAUUAUGCCUCCACGUGAUCAAAUAUCCCGAGUCACUAAGAUGCUUGGAGAUGAAUUCGGAACUGCAUCUAACAUUAAAAGUAGGGUGAACCGACAAUCUGUUCUGGCUGCGAUUACAUCUGCUCAGCAAAGACUAAAACUUUACAAUAAAGUACCACCCAAUGGGCUUGUGCUUUACACUGGAACUAUCGUGACUGACGAUGGGAAGGAGAAGAAGGUCACCAUUGAUUUUGAGCCUUUUAGACCUAUCAAUGCCUCUUUGUAUCUCUGUGACAACAAGUUCCAUACAGAAGCGCUGAAUGAACUUCUAGAAUCUGAUGACAAGUUUGGCUUCAUUGUUAUGGAUGGUAAUGGGACACUCUUUGGAACUUUGAGUGGCAAUACAAGGGAGGUCCUUCACAAGUUUAGCGUUGACCUCCCCAAGAAGCAUGGAAGAGGAGGGCAGUCAGCUCUCCGUUUUGCUCGUCUUCGAAUGGAGAAGCGCCAUAACUAUGUCAGGAAGACUGCAGAACUGGCUACCCAGUUCUAUAUAAAUCCGUCAACAAGUCAGCCCAAUGUCUCGGGACUAAUUCUUGCUGGAUCAGCUGACUUUAAGACCGAACUUAGUCAGUCUGACAUGUUUGAUCCCCGUCUUCAGGCAAAAAUUUUGAAUGUGGUGGACGUCUCUUAUGGUGGUGAAAAUGGUUUUAAUCAGGCAAUUGAGUUGUCAUCUGAAAUCUUGUCCAAUGUCAAGUUUAUCCAGGAGAAGCGUUUGAUAGGCAAAUAUUUCGAGGAGAUAAGUCAGGAUACUGGGAAGUACGUUUUUGGUGUGGAUGACACAUUAAAAGUUCUUGAGAUGGGUGCUGUUGAGACUCUCAUUGUGUGGGAAAACCUGGAUGUGACUAGAUAUACUCUAAAGAAUAGUUCCACAGGUGAAGUUCUUGUUAAGCACUUUAAUAAGGAGCAAGAGGCUGAUCAGAACAACUUUAGGGACCCAGCUAGUAAUUCUGACCUGGAGGUUGAGGAUAAGAUCUCCUUGCUUGAGUGGUUUGCUAAUGAGUAUAAACGGUUUGGCUGCAGUCUGGAGUUCGUCACCAACAAGUCACAAGAGGGAUCUCAGUUUUGUAGAGGUUUUGGAGGAAUUGGAGGGAUCUUGCGAUACCAGCUUGAUGUUCGAGCUUUUGAUGACCUGUCUGAUGAAGGAGAAGUUUACGAUGAUUCUGAAUAGCAAUCAAUUAAGUUCUUAAAUGCUGGUGCAGGGAGGCAGCACCAAGCCUGCACCAGUGCGCGAGGGCUCGCGCAGGUUCAUUCGGAUAUGGUGCUAGUGCCUGAAAGAUUUCAAGGAGUUAUAUAAAGAUAUGAAGUAUCAGGUGAAAAGAAUUUACCAGUCCCUCCCACGUUUCUACUGGGAGGUGAUACGAAGGUUGCACUGCUUGAUAAUCAACUUGCUUGCUGGAAGAAUUAAGUACUAAAGAUACUCAAGAAGGCAUUGGAGGAGCUUGCUCCUUGGGCAGUUGUUUUUGGAAACAUAUUCCAUGUACUUUCUUGAGAGAGAAACUUACAUUUAGUAGUUCUAUGUAGGAUCUAUGGUGUGGGAUUGCGUCAAGUCUGCAGUAUUUUCCAUAGAACAUGGCUACUAUUAGUUCUAUGGCUACUAUUAAAGUGUUUGCGGUGAAUAAUGGACAGCUAUUAUAUUGUCUAUGAUGAUGAUGAUGUUGCAUUGUGGUAAAUGUCAACAAUUGUGGACCUGUUGACAUUGACUUUGGCAUGUCUAGUGUUUGUGGUAAUAGUAGAAAAUGGUAUUUUUGGAUCAGUGAUCCUGUAACCUGUUGCCUAAAGCCCUGUUACGUUGGUUGAGUUGCUUUGAAUGUUGGUUUGCAAAAGAGACGUGUUUGUGGGAGUCUUUCGAUUUUGG